GGUGUAUCAAGAUCAGCUCAAAACGCUCUUGAGACCUGAGGCUCUGGGGGCAGGGGUCUCGGUCGACGGCCGGGCCCCCUCUGCCCAGGUGGCCCUGCAAGGUAGGCAGGCAGUCUACUGUGCUGCAGUGUAUAAUAAAGAUGCCUCCCCAAGCUCCCGUCGAAGCCACAUCGGCGGAUUCUGCGGGUGUGGUGACAUGAUCUGCAGCUAUUGGAAGGUGUCGUCGAUAGUCUGGUGCAGCGGACACUUUGGAUAAACACCGGCAGACUGUUCCUAUUGCGGUGGCCCCGGAGGCUCGGCAGUGCGGUUGCAAAGAUAAAGAGAUGCGUGCUGAGUGAGCCCUGGCCCGAUGGCGAACACAGGCCUUGGCCGUAAAACAAACGACGGCCAGACCUCGAAACAAGAGCCGCCGCCUCUUGUCCUUUGUCCCCCUGGAUACCUGCUGGCCUCAGACAACGACCAGGCGGAUAGACAGAACGUGCUCAUGCGCCCGACUGACUAGUGCCCUGGGGCCCCCGGUCAACCCGCCCUCCUUGUUCACAUCACAAAUCAAGGGGCCACCCCCCACUGCUGAUGAAUCCAGCGGCCCAGCCCUGUGUGCGGGUUCCAGGCUUGCACCACGGAUUUCAUUAGCCAGAAGGCCCUCGGGGCCCUCCCGCUGACGCCUCUUCUCUCUCGCUUCUUAUUAUUCUCUGAUCCGCAUCAGGGGUACUGGGUACCUGGAUACUUCUAAACCUUAGCUCUCUUCCAGAAACGACAAACCUGCGACACACCUCAACCCGCCCGCCAGUGGUCACUUUAGACUCAGAUCCCGCACUCCCGACCGAGUCAAACCCGACUGCCCUGCCGCCUUUUCUCCUCCUCCCCUCCUGUUUACAGAGCAAACCUUUUGACCUCUUCAUGUCCUGCCUGUGUCACUUCUCGCUCCCGCCCACUGUCACCCUCCAGCAUCCUUGAACCCCGACCGACUCCAUCUUCCACGCCGCCAUUUCUUCCGGGCGCACGCAGCCUCACGAGUCCUCGGCUCGCUGGCCCCUACUUGUACAUACCUUGCCUGUACAUAAGCUGAUAUCAGCCCCGGAAGCUGGUCUUCUGGUCUCCCCACCAGUCUAUAAUCCACAUCUUCCUCUUCCAGAGACACAUUUCCAUUAGCCUGCAUUGCCUAUCUUUUCCCAGUCCCCAACUCCCAAUCCCCAAUGCGUUGCGACUCCAUCUAGCAUCGCCACGCCCUAGCUUCCGAGCACAGUCGGCCUGUCGACGACACCCGCCGCCUACAACCAACAGCCAGCGAUAUGGCUCCCUCACACAUCAGCAUUCCCUCUGGGCCAUCUGGGGGCUUAUUAUUAAGUGCCCCGCCCUCAGCACAAUGGGCUACCACCACUUUGAAAGUUGGCGGCAUGACUUGCGGUGCAUGUACCUCGGCCGUCGAGAGCGGGCUCAAAAACGUUGACGGGGUCGGGAACGUGUCCGUCAGCCUAAUCAUGGAGAGGGCUGUCGUUAUGCACGACCCUGCGAGAAUAACCGCCGAGAAGAUCGCAGAGAUAAUUGAAGAUCGAGGUUUCGACGCCGAGGUCCUCGCAACAGACAUACAAACACCCAGGGCAAAUGUCGACCAUGCUUUUAAGGAUGCCAUGGACGACGGCGGCGUUAAAUACGUUGGGACCGUCGUGGCCAUCGAGGGCAUGACAUGCGGCGCCUGCACCUCCGCCGUCGAAGGCGCAUUCAAGGACGUCCCCGGCCUCAGGUCUUUCAGCAUUUCCCUGUUGUCCGAGAGGGCUGUUAUAGACCACGACCCCGUCGCUUUGCCAGCCGACAGGAUCGCAGAGAUGAUCGAGGACCGGGGCUUUGGCGCAACUAUCGUCGAGUCGACGCCGCUGGAGCCUGAGAAAAAGACCAGCUCUGCCGCCUCAGCAAGGAAUUCGUCAUCAAUAGUAACGACUGUUGCCAUCGAGGGCAUGACCUGUGGCGCUUGCACCUCAGCCGUCGAGUCUGGAUUCAAGGGGGUGGAAGGCAUGAUCAAGUUCAACAUCAGCCUUUUGGCUGAGAGGGCUGUGAUUACACACAACCCAUCGAUACUGCCCUCGGAAAAGAUCGUCGAGAUCAUCGAGGACAGAGGGUUUGACGCCAACAUCAUUUCAACCCAAGCCGAGUCAGCCGAUGCUGCCGAAACCACGUCCACCGCGCAAUUCAAAGUCUUCGGUGUACCGGAUGCCACAGCCGCCACCGCCCUGGAGGGGACCCUGCAGGCUAUGCCUGGUGUCAGCUCGGCCAAGCUGAGCCUUUCAACAUCGCGCAUGACUGUGAACCACCAGCCGCACACGACAGGUCUACGUGCGAUCGUUGAGGCGGUCGAGAAAGCAGGUUACAACGCUCUGGUUGCCGACAAUGAUGACAACAACGCCCAGCUAGAGUCUCUGGCCAAGACGAGAGAGAUCAACGAAUGGAGACGCGCCUUCAAGACGUCCUUGUCCUUCGCUAUCCCGGUUUUCUUCAUCGGCAUGAUCCUGCCCAUGGCUCUGCCCUUCCUGGAUUUUGGAUCAUGGCAACUCCUGCCCGGUCUCUUUCUUGGCGAUAUCUUGUGUCUGGUCCUCACCAUUCCCGUUCAGUUCGGCAUCGGAAAGCGCUUCUACAUUUCCGCAUACAAGUCGAUCAAGCACGGCUCACCGACCAUGGACGUUCUGGUCGUCUUGGGCACCUCCUGUGCCUUUUUCUUCAGCUGCGUUGCUAUGCUGGUGUCCUUCUUCUUCCCGCCUCACUCGAGACCGAGCACCAUCUUCGACACGAGCACCAUGCUGAUCACUUUCAUCACGCUCGGUCGAUUCCUGGAAAACCGUGCCAAGGGCCAGACCUCCAAGGCACUGUCGAGAUUGAUGUCACUGGCUCCAUCCAUGGCGACCAUCUACGCUGAUCCCAUUGCUGCCGAGAAGGCUGCCGAGAACUGGGACAACGUCGCGGGAAAUGGCGAGCCAAAGACCCCGAUGGCAGACGGCAAUGCUGCUGAGGAGAAGAUCAUCCCGACCGAGCUCAUCCAGGUCGGAGACAUAGUAAUUCUCCGACCGGGAGACAAGAUCCCUGCUGAUGGUGUCUUGGUCCGAGGUGAGACAUAUGUGGACGAGAGCAUGGUCACUGGCGAGGCCAUGCCUGUCCAGAAGCGCAAGGGCUCCAACCUGAUCGGGGGUACCGUCAACGGCCACGGGCGAUGCGACCUCAGGGUCAUCCGCGCCGGCAGGGACACUCAGCUCAGCCAGAUUGUGAAGCUCGUCCAGGAUGCUCAGACAACAAGAGCCCCGAUUCAGAGGCUGGCGGACACCCUCGCCGGAUACUUUGUCCCGACUAUCCUUGUCCUUGGUUUCGGGACCUUUGUCGUUUGGAUGAUCCUCAGCCAUGUCCUCACCCACCCACCAAAGAUAUUCGAGGAGGAAGCCAGCGGUGGCAAGAUAUUUGUAUGCGUCAAGCUGUGCAUCGCGACCAUCGUCUUUGCUUGCCCGUGUGCACUCGGCCUCGCCACUCCGACUGCCGUUAUGGUCGGCACGGGAGUCGGUGCUGAGAACGGUAUCCUGGUCAAGGGCGGAGCGGCCUUGGAGACCACCACCAAAGUUACUCAGGUUGUUCUCGACAAGACUGGCACUAUCACAUAUGGCAAGAUGACAGUGGCCAACAUGAAGGUCGUUCCCCUCUGGCAAGAUAAUGAAUGGCGUCGUCGAUUGUGGUGGACAAUUGUUGGUCUCGCGGAGAUGGGCAGUGAGCAUCCUGUUGGUAAGGCCGUGCUCCGUGCGGCCAAGACCGAAAUCGGUAUCGGCCCCGAGGACACCAUCGAGGGCAGCGUUGGCGACUUUACUGCUGCCGUUGGCCGUGGUAUUUCGGCCAGCGUGGAGCCGGCCACCAGCGCCGAGCGUACCCGGUACACAGUACUGGUUGGCAACGUCAAGUUCUUGCGUGAGAACAAUGUCGACGUGCCCCCAGAGGCCAUCGAAGCAUCUGAACGCAUUAAUAAGGAUGCUUCCUCUGGCAAGGCCGGCGAUUCUGCUGGAACGACCAACAUCUUCAUCGCCAUCGACGGCAAAUACUCUGGUCACCUGUGUCUCUCCGACACGAUCAAGGAAGGCGCGGCCGCUGCCAUCGCCGUCCUGCAGCAUCGCAUGGGCGUCAAGGUGGCCAUGGUCACUGGCGACCAGCCCGGCACUGCGCAUGCAGUCGCUGCUGCGGUUGGUAUCGCGGAGGAGGACGUCCACGCUGGUGUGAGCCCAGACCAGAAGCAGGCUAUUAUCCGCCAGCUCCGUGAGCAGGGCGAAUGCGUGGCCAUGGUGGGCGACGGCAUCAACGACUCUCCCGCCCUCGCGACCGCCGACGUGGGCAUCGCCAUGAGCUCUGGCACAGACGUGGCCAUGGAGGCGGCAGACGUGGUCCUCAUGCGACCUGACGAGCUGAUGGACAUCCCUGCUGCGCUUCACCUCGCCAAGUCGAUAUUCAACCGUAUCAAGGGCAACCUGGCGUGGGCCUGCAUGUACAACAUCAUCGGACUCCCCUUCGCCAUGGGAAUCUUCCUGCCCUUCGGCUUCCACCUGCAUCCCAUGGCUGCCGGGGCGGCCAUGGCGCUGAGUUCCGUGUCGGUCGUGGUAUCAUCGCUGCUGCUCAAGUUCUGGCGGAGGCCGCGCUGGAUGGACGAGGCCGCGGGCCAGGCUGCCAUGAACAGGAGGGCGAAGCGGCCUGGCAAGAUGGACAUGGUCAAGAACCUCGCUUCGGACGUCCUUGAUCGCGCGAAGGGUGUCGUAGGCCGGAGGAGGAAGGACGAGGAAGGCUACGUGCCCCUGGCGAAUCUGGCAGAUGCCGAGGACAGAGUAUGAUUGGGUUGUUAUCAUUUUGGCCGGGAGAGAUGGAUAGCAGAAGCACCGCCACCUUUACGAUUGUCUUUUCCCUUUUCUGGGCUUUGGGAACGAACCUAUGUUGAUGGCGUAACUGGCAUAGCGUAUACUUGAAUGUAUUAAUCGACAUCAAGCUUGUUCGGUCCGAUCCAGUGUGAUAGUUCGUGCCUCUUCAGUCAAGACUUGUCCAAAUCGACCCUCG